UUGAUCGUUCAGCCAAUGAUUUGCCAGCAGUGAUUUCCAUUCAUUGCGGUUAUUCGUCGUCCAAGAAUUGACGGAUUGAUCGUAGUGUGUGAUUCAUUUUUGACAAAAAUCAGCCUCGUAAACAUUAAUAUAAAAUAAAACCAUGUCUUCAUUGCGUAUGAAGGCAGCAAAAUGUCCAUCAGAUGAGCUUGCCAUCACAAAUUGUGCACUCAUCAACCCUGAUGAUUUUCCCAGCGAUGUAAAACAUAUCGAAGUAUCAACUGGACCAUCCCAGCAUUUUGUCUUCAGUGUCAGAUUUUAUACUGGCGUGGACCGCGGUACAGUGGGAUUUUCCGCACCACAGAGAAAAUGGGCGACACUCUCUAUUGGUCAGCCAAUAGAUGUAAAGAUUUUCAAGCCCCAGAAUGCAGAAUGUUUAUGCAGCCUGACCUUAGAAGCAGAUUUCCUGCUCAAGAAAACCACAUCCUUAGACCCUUAUGAUACGGAGCAGAUGGCUCGGGACUUCCUUAUCCAGUUUUCCAGUCAGAUAUUCUCCGUGGGACAGCAACUCGCAUUCGCCUUCCAGGACAAGAAGAUUUUGUCAUUAAUUGUUAAGAACUUGGAAGCUGUGGACGUACAAGCAUUAGCUGCGGGCGCGAAAGCGGUCCCACGUCGCACGAGGAUGGGUCGCCUACUCCCCGACGCCUGCAUACAAUUCGACAAGGCGGAGAAUUCUUCACUCAACUUAGUCGGCAAAGCAAAGGGAAAACAACCUCGCCAGUCUAUCAUUAAUCCCGAUUGGGAUUUCGGCAAAAUGGGAAUCGGCGGUUUGGACAAAGAGUUCAAUGCGAUCUUCAGGCGAGCUUUCGCUUCUCGUGUCUUCCCACCGGAAGUUGUUGAACAAUUAGGAUGCAAACACGUUAAAGGUAUUUUACUAUACGGCCCGCCCGGUACGGGUAAGACUUUAAUGGCCAGACAGAUUGGAAAUAUGUUGAAUGCACGCGAGCCGAAAAUCGUUAACGGCCCACAAAUAUUGGACAAAUAUGUAGGCGAGAGUGAAGCCAACAUCCGAAGAUUAUUCGCGGACGCCGAAGAGGAAGAAAAGAGAUGCGGACCAAAUAGCGGCCUACACAUAAUUAUAUUUGAUGAAAUCGACGCCAUUUGCAAGGCUAGAGGAUCGGUUGGAGGGAACACCGGUGUUCACGAUACUGUUGUAAACCAGUUGCUUUCAAAGAUUGAUGGUGUGGACCAGCUGAAUAAUAUUCUCGUCAUCGGCAUGACGAACCGUCGCGAUAUGAUUGACGAGGCCUUGAUGCGACCUGGCCGUCUAGAAGUGCAGAUGGAGAUCGGCCUGCCAGACGAGAAGGGGCGCGUUCAGAUAUUGAAUAUUCACACUAAACGUAUGCGCGAAUAUAAAAAAAUUGCUGAUGACGUAGAUCCUAAGGAAUUGGCAGCUUUAACGAAAAACUUCUCUGGUGCCGAGUUGGAAGGUCUGGUGAGGGCCGCACAGUCCACUGCUAUGAACAGGUUGAUCAAAGCGUCAAGCAAGGUGGAAGUAGACCCUGAGGCCAUGGAGAAGCUCAUGGUUGAACGUGGUGACUUUUUACAUGCACUUGAAAAUGAUAUUAAACCUGCUUUCGGUACAGCGGCUGAAGCAUUGGAACACUUCUUGGCACGUGGCAUUAUAAAUUGGGGUAGUCCAGUUGCAUCCAUUUUGGAAGACGGUCAACUUUACACACAGCAAGCGCGAGCUACGGAAGCCAGUGGCCUAGUAUCGGUGUUGUUGGAGGGGCCACCCAACAGCGGUAAGACUGCGAUGGCGGCACAACUGGCCAAACUAUCCGACUUCCCGUUCGUAAAGGUGUGCUCACCAGAGGACAUGAUCGGCUUCACAGAAUCCGCCAAGUGUUUGCAGAUCAGAAAGUAUUUCGACGACGCGUAUCGUUCAAGCCUGUCCUGUAUACUAGUGGACAAUAUCGAGCGUCUACUCGACUACGGACCUAUUGGGCCGCGGUACUCCAACCUCACGCUACAAGCGCUGCUCGUGUUGCUUAAGAAACAGCCGCCGAAGGGCAGGAAAUUGCUCAUAUUGUGCACCAGCAGUCGGAGGCAAGUGUUAGAAGACAUGGAGGUACUGUCUGCGUUCACGGGCAUUCUCCACGUGCCGAACCUGUCGCAGCCGGAACACGUGCUAGCAGUGCUCGAAGAGAGCGACGCCUUCUCGAAGCGGGACCUCGCCAAGAUACAGAACGAGCUGCGCGGUGCCAAGAUUUUCAUAGGAAUCAAAAAGCUCCUGGCUCUAGUCGACAUGGUGAAACAAACGGAUGAAGAAUACCGAGUAUUCAAAUUCCUAACGAAAAUGCAAGAAGAGGGCGGCUUAGAUCUCGGAACUACUAUACAAUAAGAAUCAUUGCAACCUUAGGGAUUACACGAGCAUACCACACUUACGCCCUCACCGGAUCAUUCUAAUGCACAUAUCUACUCAUCCAAAAAUCACGUCACCAAAAUAAAGGAAUCCUCUCCAUGCGCGUCUGAUUUAAGGAGCUAUGAAAUCGAUUACGAUGAUAUCAGUGAAUGCACAGAGUCGUUGAUAGAUACGAGCCAUCACAAAAAAGGUUUAACAUCUAAAGGCAACGAAAUACCUCCAUCCAAAAUGCCUCUAAUGAGAAUUCGCAGUGUCGAAAUAGUAUUUGAAGAUGAAAUGUCCGCAUGUACGGACACAGCACUCUUAGACAGAAGCAUGGAACUGAUUGUGUCUGAUAGCGACGAUUCUACCAAAUGCGUGGACGAUUUGGAACAUAUACAAGUUGAGAGAGAGGAUAAUGAUGAUUCUGUCACUAUUAAUGCGGAAGCCGACUUAUCGGAAGAUAAUUCAGUUUCGCUAACUGUAGAUAAUGUAAUUGUAGAAGCACCCAAGCAAGAUGUCCCACAUAUAACAUUACAAGACAUCGAUAAUUUGCACGCACAGAGCAGUAGUAUACUGUCGGCUAACGAGGAUAAUACUGUAUCUCUAAAUUUAUCUGAUAUCGGUGACUCUGGACGCUUCACUGAGGACGCUAGUUCCUCUAAGGAAACUGCUCCCACAUUGGUGUAUGGAGACGCAGUGCUAUCCGAAUCGUUUGAUGUUAUAGAUAAAGGGACUACAACGUGUUCGUUUGAGUUAUCAGACUACAGUUUAAGUAAUGGUAAUAAAUCAUUGUUGUACGAAUACAUUGACAGUAACAGUGACAGUUCAGACAACACGGCCGUAUGCGAUGAUGAAUACACUCCAACGAAACAUGCAACACCCUUCCAUAAUAAUAUUAUGGUUUCUGUCGAAGAAUCCGAUGUUUGUGACAGUACAGAUUUACAGUACGAUUCUUUUAUAGAUAUGGGAAAAUUUUGAUCUUCAUGAAUGAAAUACGCGCAGUAAAAUAUUUUUACGCUUGUCUGUGGAUAUUUAAAGUAUUGUAUGAAUCCAUGUUUCGAACAAAUGUUAAAGGAGUUUGUGAAAAAAAAAAGUAUAGAAGAUGAUGCGUUGAGAUCUUGUAAGAUGCGACAUUCCGCAAUUCAAUAUUUUGCCACGCUAAGAUUGACUUUGUUUAUCUAUCUAUAAAUUUUUGUGGCAAAUUCACGAUAUAUCCUUCUCUAUAAACGUUCAACUUGUUAAAUUAUUGAAUUCAGAAGAAUUAUUUCAAAUAGCUGAGCCAAAUAUAAAAAAAAAAAACUACUUCCCUUGUCAUUAUAAAAAAUACAGAUAUAUUUAAAUUUAAUGAAAAAUACAAUUUGAAUGAUAGUUCAUACAAGUACCUUCAGUUCAAAAAUAAAACUACUAUGAUUUUACAAAUAUAAUGAAAACAAAUAUGCAAUAAUAAUUUAAUUUUUUUAACGUUAUGAGAAAUUGGCAUUUCACUAAUGAACUUAUGUUUUUAUUAAGCAAUAAGCAACUCCAUGGUUAUAUGUCAUAUAUACCUAAGUACCUUUCAGUGUGAGCUAUUCUGACACCUUAUAUACCUUAACAAUUAACACAGCUUUUUGCACAGAGGGAGCUUGGUGGUAUGCGGCUCUUGUAACCAUGUCAUGUCCCUUUGUAAUUGGACCGUUAUUUUUAGUGGAGCUUAUGUAAAAUAAUUUAUGUAAAUAACAUAAAUCUUUCCUUCCAAUAGUUGAAACUUUGAUGUCUGAAUAACUUUGUGAACAAUGACAUGGUUACAGAUAUCCCAGGGUUGUAAGUCUAGGCAAUAGCUCAAUUUGACAAUGUAUUAUAUUUUUAUAGAGAUUUUUUUUAUUUAUUUGUUAUUAAAAUGUGAUGCAGCUUGAUGCUGUCUUAUUGCGUUGAAUACUUAUUAGGAAUAUUUUGAUUAUUGUGUAAUAAUACUAAUACAAAUAGCUAUUUAAGGGAAUGAUAUUGUCAAUAUAUUUAUAAUAGUAUAAAAACUACGCAAGAAUAUUGUUGUUAUAUAGAAGUAGGGCAACGAAGCUUUCACGUGAAGUGUUGAAAUUUUGCCUCAAGUACAUUAUUAAUGUUAAAUGCUUGAGUGAUAUUAUAUUGCACAUCUAGUAAUCAACACAGUCAAUUUAAUUGGGCACUGUUGGGGAGGGUAUGUUUUAGUAGAUGAGUGGGUAAGAUUGUACGGACGGUUAAGUAAUAGAUUCUUGAAAAUUUAAUAAUAUAUGAAGACAUUAUAUAAAAUUCUUAUAGUGUUUAAACUGUUUAACAUAGCCUCGAUGUGCAAACUCUAUCUUUAUAUUUGGAGAUUUACUUCAUAUUUGCUAUUCAUGUAUAUUGUUUAUAAAAAAUUACUUUUAUUGUAGUAUAAAUACAAUUGUUGCUACCAGUAGGUAUAUAUUGUUACCUCAUUGUUUGUUUACAUUUGUUGACAAGACUUGAUAUUUUGUAUUGCGACAUUCCAUCUUCACACACAUUCAUAAUAUGAUCUAAUACUUUUAGAUGAAUAUAACAAGAGUUGAUAAAAUAAAAAUCUUUCUUGUACUUAUCAAAUAUUAUAAGCUUUUAGAACAUGUUCUAGAUCUGUAGCGCUUGAAUGUUACAUUUACUAUACAAAUUGUAUGUUGAAUUAUGUCUGUGGUUGAAUUAUAAGACAGCUGGACGACAGGUUCAAUUAUUAAACAUAGCCACGUGUAUGUAUCCAUGAAUUGUAAUAACAAAAAUUAAUAUUAAGAUUAACAGUGAUCAAUUAUAUAUUUUAAAGCUUCUAACUUUGUCAGUGGCUAUGUUAAAACUAUGUAGGUCUGAAUUUGUUGGAAAAUAAAAGUAUUUUACUGAA